AUGCAAUCAUUCAGUGUGUACUGUUUAUUAUUAUGCAGCAUGAUCAUCUUUGCUGCACAUCAAAUCAAUGCAAUGGAAACUGGCGACAAAUUUGAAGCUACUUUCCCAUCCGAAAUCACAUCUGAACGUACACCCGAAAAGGUUUUGACUUUACGUGAAGUACUUAUCCACAAAGCCAGAAGCGCUGCUGCCGCUUCAUCCGUAUCGGACGACGUUGCUGCUUCCGCUGUUGCCGGUGGUUCAGAUGUCGAAGCAAGUGUUUCUGUAGAUGGUGAAGAAGUCGAUUCCGUUCAAUGUGGUAAUGGUCAAAUUACAAUCGCAAAAGCUUCCUUGAUCUGUCUUCAAUUAAUCUCGACUGUUACUAGUGAUUCAAAUGAUGCUAGCCGAAGUUCGCAACCAAAUACUUUGAUUCAACCUUCGACAAUAAUUGAUAACGAAGAUAUAGUCAAUGAUGAUAAGGAGGAUGACGAGGACUACUUCGUUGUACCGCGAGCUGCAGAAUUUUUAAGAUUUGGUCGUCAAUUUCCAUCGACAUAUUCGUCAUUUCUUCGUUUUGGUCGUUCCCAACCUACCUUUCUCCGAUUCGGUCGUCCUGAUCCCAAUGGAGCUGCUUUUCUUCGCUUUGGCCGACAAGCUCCAAGCUCCGCUUCGAGCAACUUUCUUCGAUUCGGUCGACAGUUUCAACAAGCAGCUUCGAACAAUUUUCUUCGUUUUGGUCGCGAAGCUCAACCAGCAGCAUCAAGCAAUUUCCUCCGAUUCGGUCGUAAAGGUGAAUUCUUACGAUUUGGUUAA